AUGGCGCCCUAUCUGAUGCGAGUCGCCCGCCGUGGGACAACGAUAAAUAACUCAGCGCUGAGCCACAGCGCCAGGUUCAUCCCGGGCGCACUCCCGAGGGGAACCCCAUCCACCCGCGCAGACGUCUCGGGACUCGCUCCAGCCCCGCCAUUGACUGCUACUACCCCGCUAUCGUCGGCUGCUGCUCGUUGCGCAGGUCGCUGCUUUUCGUCCAUUACUUCUACCGGCAAAAGAGUCGGAGUCAUCCCGGUCGCUGCCACUGCCGCCGUCGUUAUGGGUCAACUCUCGAACCAAUCUCAGUCGCAACAACAGCAACAAGUUCGCAACAUGGCGUCUUCAUCCACACCAUCGUCGUCGGGUAGACGACUAAAUAUGAACAACAUCAACCCCCACGUCAAGGCUGCCAAGUAUGCCGUGCGUGGCGAGCUCGCCGUCAAGUCGGAGGAAUAUAGGGCGUACCUCCAGGGCGGGAUGACGGACCUGCCGUUUUCAGAGGUUAUUUCGGCCAACAUUGGUAAUCCUCAACAGCUGGAUCAGAAGCCUAUUACUUUUUUCAGACAGGUGCUCAGUUUGCUGGAGAACCCCGUGUUGCUGGAGAAGGAAGAUGUGCUUAUUGAGCAUUUGGGGUACAAGAAGGAUGUGAUUGAGCGGGCGAAGAAGCUGCUCAAGGUGGUGGGAUCGGUGGGUGCGUACAGCGCCAGUAACGGUGUGCCUGCCAUUAGGCAGAGUAUUGCCGAUUUUCUAGAGAGGAGAGAUGGCUUCCCCGCCUCUCAAUCCGACAUUUACCUCUCGGCCGGUGCGUCUUCCGGUGUCAACACCCUCCUCCACGUCGUCUGCCAGGACUCCAACACGGGCAUCCUCGUCCCUAUCCCCCAGUACCCAUUGUAUACCGCCUCCCUCGCCGUCCUGGACGCCCACUGCGUCGAAUACCACCUUGACGAGUCGAAGAACUGGGGAACCGACCUCGAGAUCAUCAAGUCUUCGUACGAAGCCGCCAAAGCCAAGGGCAUCGACGUCCGUGCCAUUGUCAUUAUCAACCCGGGCAACCCCACUGGCGCUUCCUUGUCAGAAUCCGACAUUCGCUCCGUGAUUGAAUUCGCCCGCCAGGAAAGACUAGUCAUCCUCGCCGACGAGGUCUACCAAACCAACGUUUUCAUCGGGGAGUUUGUCUCCUUCAAAAAGGUGCUGAGGACCCUCCAAAAGGAGCGUCCAAACGACGGGUUUGACCAGGUGGAGCUCGCGUCGCUGCACUCGGUGUCAAAGGGCAUGGUGGGCGAGUGCGGGCACAGGGGGGGUUACUUUGAGCUGGUCAACUUUGACCCGGACGUGCAGCAGGAGAUUUACAAGUUUGUGUCCAUUAUGCUCUGCGCCCCGGUCAUUGGGCAGUGUCUGGUGGACCUGAUGGUCAACCCGCCCCGGCCCGGGGAGGAGAGCUAUGAGCUUUACAAGAAGGAGUAUAACGCUAUUUAUGACGGGUUGAAGGAGAGGGCUACGGCGCUGCACAAGGCUUUUGAGCAGAUGGAGGGGGUGGAAUGCGGGAGUCCGCAGGGGAGCAUGUAUUUGUUUCCUACCAUCAACCUCCCUGAAAAGGCGGCCGAGGCGGCGAAGAAGGAGGGGAGGACCCCGGAUGAGUUUUACUGUUUGAGGCUGCUCGAGGCGACGGGGGUUUGUGUCGUUCCCGGGAGCGGGUUUGGGCAGAGGGAGGGGAGCCUGCAUUUUAGGACGACGUUUUUGGCGCCGGGGACGGAGUGGGUGGGGAGUAUUGUUAAGUUUCAUAGGGAAUUUAUGGAGAAGUAUCGUUAGGGAGAAGAGGGUAUGGAUGGGGCGGGGGCGUUUUAUGCAGUUUUCAAAGUUUGAAUAGCGAGCAAAAGCGUUAUUUGUUUCUCUUUUUUUUUUUUUUGUUCAGUUAAAGAAAUGGGUUAUUCCUGUCUUGGUUGGGUCAUGUGCUUGUAUAACAUCCUCCUCCCUUCUCUUUUCUUUACUCUCUGGAUAUCUCUCCUCUCUUGUCUUGAAAGGGUUAUGGAUGGAAAUGUACAAAGAGGCGGGAGUGUGGUUGUAUAACAUACCUAGACAGCAGGGUAGGAUGCCUCAAAAUAAAACAAAACUCAAACAAAA